UUAAUUAAUUAUUCCCAUGGGAAGUAUCUCACUGUGACUGCUAGUCUAGAAAUUUACUGCUGCAAGAAGAUAUAGAGGCAAAUGCUAGAGGAGCCAGCAGCAGCGACUAGUUGGCUAUCAAUCAGCGGGCCUUCUUGGUCAAUUCUAAGUGACCAGGGACAGAGGCAGAGGCUCUGAUACAGAGGGUAUAAGAUGGCGUGCGAUUCCUGUUUCUGUCUUUUAUUCCCAUCUCCAAGGGGCUUGCUGUUUAUGAUCCUUGUGUCUAUGAGAUGUGCUCAUUCCCAGCUGGUGGAGGCACCAACUGACCCACCAAAACAGAAGCCAGACCCAGUGACAUCGGAAACAGUGGUAUUCUGGGGGCUUAGACUGUGGCAGGUUAUUGGCGUCUUUUCAAUUUUUGUGCUCGGAGUCAUCAUCACACUAUGCUGCAUUUUUAAAUGCCGGAUUCCGAGGACCAAGAAGGAGAUUGAAGCACGGUACGCUCAGCGCCAAGCAGGCAAAGAAUACGCUGACAAACUCGAGAGUGUUCCUCCAUUAAACGAGUUGACAGAAAUCCCUGGAGGAUCCCCUGACAAUCUCCAAACUCUUUCUGGCCAGGUCCAGUCUCGAUCUCACAGGUCUCUUCCUGUUUUAAGAGAAGAAGAUGAAAUAGUUCAGCAAGGAAAUUAGACGUUACAUCUUUUACUCCGUUUCCAAUCUUCUUCCGACUUCUUUCACAUCUGUUUUCGUGUUAAUUUCUCUGUACGUAUGGUAUUGUUUAAAUGUCAUGAUUGAUUAAAUGCAGGUUUAAAAGUGAUCUCUUGUAUAGCUACCAUUUCUCG